AUGGUUCCCUUGGAAAUGGAUCCUGACAGCGAGCAUAAGUCGAAGCUAAUCCCGGACUCUGCGGGUGAAGACGCUAAAGCUGGAAAGGGUGAACGUUGGAGUAAUGGAAUUGCAACCUCUAGGCGAAGCAGCUCGGAAUCGUUGCUCUCAACUAUCCAGUUGGUUUCCAUAAUAUUCUUCACGGUGACAGGGGGUCCAUACGGCUUCGAGGACGUAAUCGGAGCCUCAGGUGGCCUUGUAGGGCUGGGGAUGCUACUUUUAAUUCCCUUCCUUUGGUCUGCGCCAUUGGCACUGAUGACUGGAGAACUGGCUUGCAUGAUUCCUCAGAGCGGGGGACACAUUUUAUGGGUGUAUCAUGCUUUCGGACCAUUCUGGUCGUUAUUCAACAGCGUCUUGACGUUUGGAUGCGGGGUGUUUGACAACGCACUGUAUCCAGCCCUUUUCGUUGACUAUCUGAGCCACAUCAUAUAUGGUCCUUUUGGAGCAAUUCCCAUGCCGUAUUCGCUCAUUCUGAAGGCGACAAUGAUCGCAGUCACGACCGCACUCAACUUGAGCGGAGUCGACAUAGUAGGGAAAGCAUCGAUGGUUUUUGGGGUGUCUGUCAUAGCUCCUUUCGUUGCAAUGUUCUUCUUCGCCAUUCCCCAGCUGAACCUGCAAUGGAUCAGCUUUCCAACACCCAAGCCUUUAAAUUGGCCAAAGUUACUCUCCGUGCUUCUUUGGAACACUUCAGGGUUUGAUUCCGCUGGGGCUUGUGCUGGUGAAGUGAAAGAUCCAGGAAGGUCAUAUCCUCAGGCGUUGCUGAUUUCCGUGGGACUGAUGCUUGUUACCUACAUCGUUCCAGCCUUAGUUGGCUUGAGUGUGGCGCCAUAUUUCGAGCUGUGGAAAGGCGGCACCUUUACGGACAUAGCUGCACGUGUUGGAGGCCGUCCGUUAGAGGCACCCCAGUUCUUUCAAUCUGUUGAAGGGAAACAUGGAACUCCUUGGGUAGCACUUGUUAUCACUGCUUUUUGCACUCUUCUGCUGUCUGGAUCCAAGUUCACACUUCUUGCUGAGGCGGAUAUGGUUUUGUACUGCAUCUCCUCAGCAUUGAAGUUCUCAGCUCUUAUUUACCUGAGAUUUACAGAGCCAGAUGCCUACAGGCCUUUCCGCAUUCCUGUGGGUAAUCUAGUGCUUGUCGGGCUUACGGCUAUUCCACUACUAGUGUGCUUUACAAUGGUGGUCCUGGGUUCACCGUUCUCACAUCUCGUGGCUCUUUCAUGCCUUAUGAUUGCCAUCCUAACCCACGUUUGGCUUGAGGCCAUAGUCCCUUUUCUCAAAAGGACUGUGUCUGCCGCUGCUGUAGUUUAUUACGGGUUGAAAGAGCACCUCACGCGAAUACAGCAAUGGAUGCGCUGCGUGCGGAGUCUGGGAGUCGUUAUUAGCAACACCGGCUCACGGCCAGUCGUGAACCAUUCCCGGCCUCUCACCUCCCUCGCCGACGCUCCCGCUCGCCAUGGCGUUCCCAGCAUGCUGGGAGCUUUCUCCGCUCGCUCCACCGGCAUGGCGGCCGAAAUUCGUGCCCGGAAUGCCGCUCAAGGGUUCCGUUCCAUCUCCGUCGACGCAUUGAAGCCAAGCGACACUUUCCCCCGCCGUCACAACAGCAUCACCCCUCCAGAGGCCCAAGCCAUGGCCGAGUUCUGCGGCUUCGAAUCCGUCGAUGCUCUCGUCGCUGCGACCGUUCCCAAGGACAUCAGGCGUCAGCCGCUGCAGCUGGGGAAGUACACGGAGGGAUUUCCGGAAAACGAGAUGCUCGAGCGCUUUAAAGACAUGGCUUCUAAGAACAAGGUUCUCAAGUCAUUCAUCGGCAUGGGUUACCACGGAACCAUUGUCCCGCCAGUCAUUCUCCGUAACCUUCUGGAGAACCCCGGCUGGUACACCCAGUACACUCCGUACCAGGCGGAAAUUGCCCAGGGACGUCUGGAAUCGCUCCUCAACUUUCAGACCUUGAUUACUGACCUCACGGCUAUGCCGAUGUCUAAUGCGUCGCUUCUUGACGAGGGAACCGCAGCGGCUGAAGCCAUGGCCAUGUGCCUCAACAUCAGCCGAGGCAAGAAGACCAAAUUCUACAUCUCCAAUCUGUGCCACCCGCAGACCAUCGACGUGUGCCUGACACGCGCGGAUGGGCUUGGGAUCGAAGCCAUUGUCGGUGACCACACGACGUUCGACUACUCCAAGAAGGACGUUUGCGGCGUUCUCGUGCAGUACCCUGCGACGGACGGCACCCUGAUCGACUACUCCGAUUUCGUCGCCAAGGCUCACGAAAACGGCGCGAAGGUCGUCAUGGCGACGGAUCUGCUCGCGCUGACGGUCGUCCGGCCGCCCGGCGAGCUCGGCGCGGAUAUGGUGGUCGGUUCGGCGCAGAGGUUCGGCGUGCCGAUGGGGUACGGUGGUCCGCACGCGGCGUUCCUUGCCACGUCAGCGGAGUAUAAGCGGCUGAUGCCCGGGAGGAUUAUCGGAGUGAGCAUUGACGCGCAGGGGAAUCCGGCUCUGCGCAUGGCGAUGCAGACCAGGGAGCAGCACAUCAGGCGAGACAAGGCCACUAGCAACAUCUGCACGGCGCAGGCGCUCCUCGCCAACAUGGCCGCGAUGUACGCCGUGUAUCACGGCCCCGCGGGUCUCAAGGACAUCGCGAACCGCGUGCACGGGCUCGCGGCGGUCUUCGCCAAGGGCGUCGAGAAGGCGGGCGCCGGCACUGUCGCGAAGGAGCCAUUCUUCGACACCGUGAAGGUGACCGUCGGCGGCGGCAAGGCUGCUGACGUGGCGGCUGCGGCGGUGAAGGAGGGGAUGAACCUGCGCGUGCUGGACCCCGACACGAUCACUGUUGCGUUCGACGAGACCAGCACCAUUGCUGACGUGGACGCGCUUCUGAAGGUCGUGGCUGGCAAGCAGCCUGCCUUCACAGCGGAGUCUAUCGCACCGGAGGUGGACGCGUCCCUGCCCAAGUCACUGGAGAGGGAGAGCGCCUUCCUCACUCACCCCAUCUUCAACUCCUACCACUCAGAGCACGAGUUGCUGCGCUACCUGCACCGCCUGCAGGCGAAGGACCUGUCUCUCGUGCACUCCAUGAUCGCCCUGGGCUCCUGCACCAUGAAGCUCAACGCCACAGCCGAGAUGAUCCCCAUCACAUGGCCCGAGCUUGCCAACCUUCACCCUUUUGCGCCCCUCGACCAGACCCAGGGUUACCAGGAGAUGUUCAACGACCUGGGCGCCAUGCUGGCGGAGAUCACUGGCUUCGACUCCGUCUCUCUGCAGCCCAACGCGGGUGCUGCUGGCGAAUACGCGGGUCUCAUGGCCAUUCGCGCGUAUCACCAGUCCCGUGGCGACCACCAUCGCGAUGUGUGCAUCAUCCCCGUCUCAGCCCACGGCACCAACCCGGCCAGUGCAGCCAUGUGUGGCAUGAAGAUCGUGGCUGUGGGCACGGACGAUAAGGGCAACGUCAACAUCGCUGAGCUGAAAGCGGCUGCUGAGAAGCACAAGGACGACCUCGCUGCCCUCAUGAUCACCUACCCAUCAACCCACGGAGUGUACGAGGAGGGUGUUGACGAUAUUUGCCGCAUUAUCCAUGCCAACGGUGGCCAAGUGUACAUGGAUGGCGCCAACAUGAACGCACAGGUCGGCCUCACCAGCCCAGGCCACAUUGGAGCAGACGUGUGCCAUCUCAAUCUCCACAAGACCUUCUGCAUUCCCCACGGAGGGGGUGGUCCCGGCAUGGGCCCCAUUGGAGUCAAGGCGCACCUCGCUCCCUUCCUGCCCUCCCACCCUGUGGUCCCCACUGGAGGCAUCCCCCCUCCCCCCCCCGGCUCAGUGGGCAAGCAGAUGGGCGCCAUUGCUGCUGCUCCCUGGGGCUCUGCACUCAUCCUGCCCAUCUCCUUCAUGUACAUCGCCAUGAUGGGCGCGCAAGGGCUAACUGACGCUUCAAGACUCGCCAUCUUGAACGCCAACUACAUGGCCAAGAGGCUCGAGAGCCACUACCCAGUGUUGUUCAGGGGUACCAACGGCACUUGCGCUCACGAAUUCAUCAUUGACCUGAGGGGAUUCAAGAGCACGGCGCACAUUGAGCCGGAGGAUGUAGCUAAGCGGUUGAUGGACUAUGGCUUCCACGCACCCACCAUGUCAUGGCCCGUGCCCGGCACUCUUAUGAUCGAACCCACUGAGUCUGAGAGCAAGGCCGAGCUGGACCGUUUCUGCGAUGCGAUGAUUGCGAUCCGGGAGGAGAUCCGGGCCGUUGAGGAGGGGCGGGCCGACAAGGCCAACAACAUGCUCAAGAAUGCACCCCACCCUGCCUCUGUGGUGAUUGCUGAUGAGUGGACCAAGCCCUACCCACGCGAGCAAGCAGCCUUUCCUGCUCCAUGGGUUAGGUUUGCCACCUCGUUGGUCAACAUGUUCUGGCGAGUAGCGGGCCUCGCUGCAACCUCACCGGUUGACUUAAUUCUUGACAGAGAUCAGUAUACCCUUGAGGAGUUACUGGACGAGGAUGAUCUUAUUCAGGAAUGCAAGUCUUUGAACAACCGGCUUGUAAACUUCCUUAAAGGGAAGCCGCAAGUCGAGAAGAUGAUCCGAUAUGUGGUGGAAUCACCUCCCGACGAUGGAGAUGCUAAGCGGACAUUCAAAUUCCCGUUUAUCUCGUGCGAAGUCUUUACAUGCGACAUUGAUCAGAUAUUAACGACAGUGGUCGAGGAAGAAGAGAUUAUGGAUCUGCUUUUCUCCUUCACAAAUCCAGAUCGCCCGCACUCGAACCUUCUUGCAGGGUACUUCAGCAAGGUGGCUGUCUCUCUUCUUAUCCGAAAAACUCCUGAAGUGAUGUCAUACCUUCAGAGGCAUCCAGAGGUUCUGGAUAACCUGAUUCGACUGAUUGGGAUCACUUCCGUAAUGGAGGUCGUGAUGAAGCUUGUGGGAGCAGAUGAUCAGAUCAUGAUGUAUCAUUCCGACAAACUGGAAUGGCUGGCUGAGACGAGCCUACUGGACACAUUGCUGUCCCAGCUUAGUGCUCAGAGCUCCUCAGAUGUUCAUGCGAACGCGGCCGAGUGCCUGUCGGCCAUCGCGAGAACGGCCCCAUCCGCAUUGGCCGCUCAGUUGUCAACCCCCAAGUACAUUGGGAAGUUUUUCGAGCAUGUGCUGGAAGGCCCGAGAUCGAUGACAUCCGUCAUCAACUCUCUGUCCGUUUGCAUCACGUUACUCGACCCAAAGCGUGCUCCGCCUCCUGGCGUCAUGCGCAACCAGCUACAAUAUCAGCUGCAGACGCAGCAGUACCAGCAGCAGCAGCAAGUGAUCUCCGUGGAGACCGUUGAAGGGAUGGUUCAGCGACUGGGCGAGCUAAUUGGCAUUCUAGACCUUUCAAAUGACGACAAGGUCCUCCCAACAACCUAUGGAGAGCUACGGCCACCCCUUGGCAUUCACCGUCUCAAGAUUGUGGAGUUCAUUGGAGUGCUUCUUGGCACCAAUAGCGAGCUUGUGCGCCAGGAGCUUGUGAGGCUAGGCGGCGUGCGCAUCUGUUUGGAUCUCUUUUUCAGAUUUCACUUCAACAACUUUUUGCACCACCACGUGGAGAGGAUGGUGAUGGCCAUUCUGGAGAGCGGCAGCGCGUUGCUGCUGGAGCAUCUCUUCGUGGAGUGUGAUAUCCUCAACCGAAUCAUGACCGCUUACAAUGACCCCCAUGCGCCAGAUUCACGCCCAGAGCCGCGAGCUGAGUCAGCGAGAGUGCCUGCACGGAGUGGGUACAUGGGGCACCUGACGAGAAUAGCCAAUCGGAUUUGCCAGUUGGCAGCGUCAAACUCUCAGAUUGAGGCUCACGUUCAGGCGAAUCCACGGUGGGCGGAUUGGCAGAAGAACGUGCUCAGAAAACGGCUUCUGCUCGAGAAUGUUUACCAGUGGUCUUGCGGCCGGCCAGCAGCGCUGGACGAUCGGCCAGGCGACAGUGACGACGACGAGUUCAACAGCCGCGACCGGGACUUUGACAUCUCCACCAUCUCGCUCACAGGGGGCUCGAACGCCAACAGGAGCUACCAAUACGCCUAUGGGCAGUCGCUGCUUGACUCAGACGACGUGGAAGAGGGCCACGAGCUCAGGGAUCCCUAUGACGUGGACCUGGUCAAGGCGGAACAAGAAAUCGAGACAUUGGCCCUUUCCGAGAAUGCACCCACAAGUGGGGCGUCUGAGCUGCUGCCCACGCCUGCAGCUGAGGAGCCGGACAAGCCUCUGUCCAGUGACAAGCCUGAGGGUGAAGAGGCUGCAGAUGAUGAGGAGGAGGAAGGCGCUGAGCAGACUGGCACUGAUGAAUCCGCUUUCAA